UAAAAGGGGAACAAAAGUCAAUCACUAGGUGGGGUCUCAGAUAGCAUGCUCUGGGUUCCUUCCUACACAUCAUUUUAACUGUUCCCAGGUAACCACUGUGCUGCCCAGGGUGGGACACAUGCACCCUAGAGUAAUUGCUGGGAGUUUACUACUCAUGUGAACAGCUUCAGCACAAGAGAGAGUUACAGAAAGAGCAAAGGUUUAGUUAAAUGCAUGCACUAGAGGAUUUUAAUAACAAUCUUUUUUUCUUCUUCAAAUCUAGGUGUUAAAAGAGAAGAGAUAUAAUAGAGGAGUAGACUGGUGGGCAUUAGGGAUCAUCGUAUCUAAAAUGGCAUGUGGGACCUCACCAUUCAUAGAGUACGGCAACAGUACAGAAUGCCGUUUGUCGAUUCUUCUUGAACAGCCAUGCAUUCUGAUAAGGUUCAGCCCCGAAUUGCAAGAUCUCCUGCGAAUGCUCCUGAAGAAAAAUCCAAAAGAACGACUGGGCUGCAAUGGAAAUAUUCGGGAGCACCCAUUUUUUAAUGCCAUUGAUUGGGUGCAAAUAGAAAACCGGACUCUACCACCUCCUUCCCAGCCAAAAGCAUUGUCACCUGUGGAUUUUAAGAAGACAUGUGAGGAGCCACCAUCAUUCUUGGAGUCCCUGAAACAUACUAUCACAUCAGGUGAUCUGGUAUCUCUUCAAGAUAUGGCAUGUCUGGAUUAAAUUUCACAGGUUCCAGACAUUUCUAGACCUUUUGGCACUGAUGGUGAUCUUAUACCCUACCAUCGUCCCCAUGCCACGACAAACAUCAGGCCCCAUUAUCAAUUCAAUGACUUCCAGUCUUCUGUCCUCAUUAUAUCUCUUUCAUCUCAAU